AUGAAUACCGCUGUUAGUUGUGAAAAACUGAUCGUAACUCCCUUUGUUGGUGAUAUUGUAACUGUGAACUUUAAAAAAUUGAGCGAAUAUGUUAAAAAUGAAGCUCAAUCGCUUAUAUAUUUAGUAAAUUAUGACUCAGAAACUAAGGAUUUUGAUAUUAGUAACUUGAAAGGCUUGCCGAAGGAAGAUUGUCCCUUCAGCAAGCCCCUAAAAGCACUAGCUCAAAUGAAAAAAUUUGAGGCUAAACCUGGAUCUCUUCUUGAAUGUACCGUUGAUAUUGGCGAAAGUUUGUGCUUUUCAUCCUUGUUUGGAGUGUCUAAGAAGUCGAAAGCGAUGGAUUACAAAGAAUAUGGCCAAACCAUUGGCGAGGCAAUUACCAAGCAGAAUGUCAAAGUUACGAAUUUAAUUUCACUCUUAAAUCUUUUUGAGUCCAAAGAACAUUUGACAACAUUCUUGGUAGGGGUUUACAUGGGUUUGGGUGAAGAUAAGAGAUACAAGAAGAAUAGAAAGACUGACUACAAAUUUGAUACCGUAAACAUUUAUUCAAAAGAGUCAAUCAAUGAUGUGACUGAGGCGAUCAAUAAUGCAAAAUAUUUUGCCCAUGGAAGUGACAUUGCCAGACAACUAGUAACAUCGCCUUCUAAUUACUCUAAUACGAUCAAUUUGUCGCAAUACUUUGCUGAAUUGGCCAGUAGUUUGGGUAUGAAUGUUAAGAUUCUGGAAAAGGCUGAUUGUGAGAGAUUGGGAAUGGGAUCAUAUCUAUCAGUGGCAAAGGGCAGUCAAUAUCCGCCUAAAUUUGUUCACGCUCAGCUAAAUACCGAAGAUUGCAAUGGUAAAUUUGUGAAGGUUGCUUUGUUAGGCAAGGGUCUUACUUUUGAUUCUGGUGGUUAUAAUAUGAAGUCUGCCGCAUCUAAAAUCGAAUUGAUGAAAAUGGACAUGGGAGGAUUUGCCGCAAUUUGCGGGGCAAUGCUCACAUUGGCCAAGAUAAAACCCAAAGGUUUACAAGUUCACUUUUUGUCUCCACUGUGUGAAAACAUGGUUAGCGCCGCGUCUUAUCGUCCCGGAGAUAUUAUAACUGCCAGCAAUGGUAAAACAAUAGAAGUAUUAAACACUGAUGCUGAAGGAAGGUUAGCUUUGGCAGAUGGUCUUGUAUAUGCUGAGAAAUUGGGUGUAGAUGUGAUAAUCGAUAUUGCGACCCUAACGGGUGCUGCCAUUGUUGCAUUGGGUGAAAAAUAUGCCGCCUAUUACACUGAUAGUGAAACUAUGAACCAACACUUUCAGAAGGGAUUGGACUUAAGUGGAGAGAAGGCAUGGAGAAUGCCUAUUGUGAAGGAAUACUCCAAGCAAUUGGAGUCUAAAGUGGCUGACCUACAAAACAUCGCUUCGCCGAACAUAGGGGGAGGGUCUAUCGUGGCUGCGGUUUUUCUGAAGGAAUUUGUUGAUAAAACUCCCUGGAUCCAUUUUGACAUUGCGGGGCCAGCAUCCUGUGGAACUUUGGGUACGGGCUUUGGUGCUAAUACAUUGGCGGCGGUUGUAAAAUCACUGAGUGAUGACUUAGCAUCAAAAAAGGAUACCAUUCAUGAGUUGUGA